AUGGCGAAGGAAGAUAUAACAAACAUUGACUACUCUCAGUCGUCGCAGUUGACUCAGAAACAAGCACAAGUGCUUCUGGAGUACCAGAAGAUGGCAUUUCAAAUGGCCGAAUUGGAACGGGAACUACAAAUUUUACAUGUAGAGAUUCAAUCGAAAGGACCUAAAGAACUCAAACAGAGGACGGCGCGGAAUUUAGGUAGUGAUGGAGGAGCAGAUGAUACCGAUGGACCUACUCGCAGAUCAGAAGGUAUAGCUGCACCUGCUACCAAGUUGUUAGAACGAUACAGGGCAUUGGAGACACAGGUUGCAUUGAUGGGAACGUUGUUCAAGGGCUCUGUUUAUUCUCUUUUCACAGAUAACGAGCAUGCAUCUGGAGCUACUUCGGAUCACAAAUAG